UAAAAAAAAGAGAAACAUACUUAGAUUGCAAGGUACAUUGUCAAAAUACUGUGAAUAAUAAUAAUAAUAUAGUAGCAAUGGCACAAUUACGAUCCCUUGUUGGUUCAGCUCUCUUCUUUGUGCUGUCUGUUUUCCUUGUAAUAUUGGCCUGCACAACGGCAUCCCAACGCAAUGCAUGGCCGCUUAUAUGCUUUAUUUUAUACUGCCUUGCCAUAAUUCCCUUGAAUUUGGCUGUGAAGCAGUGGGAAUAUAACAUUAUGGAUUUUGAUGAGGCCUCCUUCAAUUCGCUGAGUCUGUUCCUCAGUGGGGUGUGCCUGGCUUCGGGGCCGUUGCUAGCUUUGGUUCUAUACCAUACCAACAACAUCUCAGUAGGAGCGUUACUCCUCACUUGGUGUAGCGGCAUGUCCUUUCUAGGUAUGUGCUUGAUAAUGUUUACCUCGGACUCUAACGAUGAUGAUGACUUCUUGAAUGCAUAAAAAGUAGCGAAAAGAAUCAAAGAAGUUUGAAUCGAUCCCAACGAGUUAAAAUAAGUACAUAUAUGUAUUUGGUUAAUCUAUAAUUGUUGAAAAAUCAAAUAAUGUAGUGCUUCUUUGUUCAGAUAAGAUAGAGAAUCGAUUUUCAGAUUGUAUUUGCUUAAGUAUUAUAUCUACCGACAACCUUACAUGUUUUUGAAGCUGAAUGCAGUCCCAAGCGGAAAUAUGUAUGAAGUCAACGUAGAAAGGUGAAAAGUAUUAAUCCUGUUAAUGGGAUAUCAGUGUAUAUUUGCAUGCAUUUCAUAGUAAUGUCAAAAAUUCUAUUCGUUUGAAUAGCCUCCAA